AUGGCUUACCCACUACCGUUCAAACUCAAUCGUCCAGACCUCCUCAUCACCGAUUCUUACGUCCAAGGCCAAACCAAAUCCGCCUCGUCCGGCACAACCUUCGAUGUACUCGAUCCCGGAACCAAUAAGCCAUGGACAAAAGUCACCAACAACUCUGCCGAUGACGUCGAUGCAACCAUUCGCGUCGCACACAAAGCGUUCCAAUCUUUCAGAAAAACAUCCCCUCGAGCACGUGCCCAGUGGCUUCUCAAAUGGGACGCUCUCAUCCGCGAGCAUAAGGCCGACCUAGCCACGCUCUUGGUGUAUGAGACCGGAAAACCAUAUGUCGAGGCAAUCGGGGAGAUGGACUACUCAUUGACCUUUGUAUCAUGGUUUGCAGGUGAGGCAGAGCGGAUUCAAGGAACAUGCUUUGCCCCGUCUGCGCCGGACAGACGAGUCGUUACCGUCAAACAGCCACUUGGUGUCGCUGUCGCCUUGGUGCCGUGGAAUUUCCCCGUUGCUAUGGUUCUGAGAAAAGCUGCUGCUGCGUUGGCGGCUGGUUGUACGAUGGUAGUUAAGCCAUCGCCCGAAACGCCAGUCACUGCCAUGGCUUUAGCUAAGUUAGCCACCGAGGCUGGAUUCCCGGAUGGUGUCUUAAAUGUCUUGCCGACAAGCCUGGAAAAUACCCCAUCGCUUAGCGAAGCGCUUUGCAAGCAUGAGCUGGUCAAGAAGGUCACCUUUACAGGAUCAACGCGCGUUGGGACCCUGGUCGCGAACCACUGCAGUUCAGGUCUCAAGAAAGUGGUCCUAGAGCUAGGCGGUAAUUGUCCCUGUCUUAUCUUCGACGAUGCAGAUAUCGAAGCUGCUUUGCGGGAACUUGUCGGUCUCAAAUGGCGUCAUGCAGGUCAAGCUUGCGUUACAGUCAAUCGCUUCCUCGUGCAGUCUGGGGUAUACGACAAGUUCCUCCAGCGCUUUGUUGAAGAGACUGCCAAGUAUGUCAUCGGCCACGGCGCUGCAGAGGGAACUACCCUUGGCCCAGUAACGAAGCCUGAAAGUUUGGAUCGAGCUGAGAGACUUAUUAAAGAUGCUGUUUCGAAAGGUGCGAGGAUCGUCACUGGAGGUAAUCGUGCUUCUCCCAUGGGAGGUGAAGGCGGAUAUUUUUUUGAGCCGACGAUUCUCACUGACAUGUCGCAUGAUACUCUGAUCUCGUGCGAAGAGUGUUUUGCGCCGAUUGCUGCUUUUUAUAAGUUUGAGACGGAGGAGGAGGCUGUUCAGGCGGCGAAUGAUACACCUAUGGGUCUUGCUAGUUAUGCGUUUACCAAGAACGCGGAUCGUAUCUGGCGGAUGCUUGAGAACCUUGAGGCUGGAAUGAUUGCUCUUAACACCGGUAAUUCCUCUGCGGCUGAGUCUCCAUUUGGAGGGAUUAAAAUGUCGGGUUAUGGGAAGGAAGCUGGGAAGGACGUGGCUGUGAGCGAAUACAUGAUCUCCAAGACGGCUACCAUUACAGUCGAUGGGCUUGUUUAG